AUGCCCAACCCACCUCUCUCUAGGAGCUGGGCAGAGAUUCGACAGGCUCUCGAACACGCCCGGGACUGCGAGGAUGGCCCUAUGAGCGCCCAGACUGCCGCCGUCCUAGAGGUUGCCAUCACGGAACUCUGGAACCGUAUCCAAGCCCAGCCAGAUAGCUACGUGCUCAGCCCUGAUGAGUUCGCACUCUUUAAUUACUUUCUGACCACGCGAUAUCGCGGCUCGCCUGUCGCCCAAAGAGCUGUGGCCCGUUUCUGGAACAACUAUCAAGGAGCCACCAAUUGCGACGGCGUCGCCAAUUAG